UAGCUGUCCAAUGAAGCAACGGUCAUGCUAACAAGUGCACUGGUGACUGGAAUAUUAUCAGAGCGUUUUUUGCAGGAGAAUCCAAAGCCACUGCUUGUGUCUUUGUAAACAAAGUCGGGUUACGUCUAUCAAAGGAAUUCGUGCGGAGAGGGUCUGGCAGCAGGCACAGCUUGAUGGGGCUCAUUCCAGGCCAGGGGGCAAUGGUCUAAGGAGUGGCCGGCAGGGAGGGAGGUGCCCGCGCGUGGGAUGUUGCGCUGGUCGGUGCACCUGGAAGGAGGGCCGCGGAGGGUCAACCAUGCCGCCGUGGCCGUGGGUCAUAAGGUGUACUCGUUUGGCGGGUACUGCUCCGGCGAGGACUACGAGACGCUGCGGCAGAUCGACGUGCACGUCUUCAACACAGUGUCUCUGCGCUGGACGAAGCUGCCCCCAGUGCGUACCGGAGGCAGGGAGCGUGCCCGAGAGGUGCCCUACAUGCGCUACGGCCACACGGCUGUGUUGGUGGAGGACACCAUCUACAUCUGGGGCGGCCGCAACGACACGGAGGGGGCCUGCAAUGUCCUCUACGCCUUCGACGUCACUCCAGACCAUCACCGCUGGUUCACCCCUAAGAUCUCGGGGACGGUCCCAGGCGCACGGGAUGGCCACUCCGCCUGCGUCCUGGGCAAAGCCAUGUACAUCUUUGGAGGCUACGAACAACUGGCCGACUGUUUCUCCAACGACAUCCACAAGCUGGACACCACCAAUAUGGUCUGGUCCCUAGUCAAUGCAAGGGGGACGCCAGCGCGCUGGAGGGACUUCCACUCGGCCACUAUCAUCGGGACGAAGAUGUUUGUGUUUGGCGGCCGGGCUGACCGCUUCGGGCCGUUCCACUCCAACAAUGAGAUCUACUGCAACAAGAUCAAAGUGUUUGACACCGAGACAAACUGUUGGCUCAGCACGCCCAACACACAGUUGCUGCCAGAGGGACGCAGGAGCCACUCCGCCUUUGCCUACAAUGGAGAGUUGUACAUUUUUGGAGGCUACAAUGCUCGGCUGGACCGUCACUUCAACGACCUGUGGAAGUUUAACCCAGAGGCUUUCUCGUGGAAGAAAGUAGAGCCCAAGGGUAAGGGGCCUUGCCCUCGGCGGAGGCAGUGCUGUUGCAUGGUGGGAGAUCGCAUCAUCCUGUUUGGGGGAACCAGCCCCUGCCCAGAACAGGGAAUGGGUGAUGAAUUCAACCUCAUGGAUCACUCAGACCUUUACAUCUUAGACUUCAGUCCUAAUUUGAAGACCUUAUGCAAACUAGCUGUUAUACAGUAUCGUCUGGAGCAGUCGGGACUCCCACACGACAUAAGGUGGGAGCUUACGGCCAUGACUACCAACAGUAACAUAAGCCGACCCAUCUUCUCCUCUCACGGCUGAGGAAGGUCUCCGUUCGCCCCAGCCGCUCUUAUUCAGGAACCCGGUCCUCGACUACAGUCUCUAAAGGAGCUCUACCCCUCCUCCAUUGUACAGUGUGGACCUGGAUCUGACUCUUUUUUUUUCUUCUUCUUCUUCUUCCUUCUCCGGACAAGUCUAAUUCUGAUUCAGUGUUGUCUUUUUAUCUCAUGACUGGUUUCUGAGCAUUUUUUUAUUAUUGUUUUUGGGUGGGGGUGCUAAUGGAAAGAUGCCUCUCCGUUCUGUGAGGACCAUCGGACAUAUUGAACGUUGGACAACAAGUCUUCUCAUCAAGGGCAGAAAAAAACCUUCCCAACACUACAGACACCUUUUAAAACAGUGUUCAGUGUUUGCAUCAUUUUCUCCAAAUAGAAAUUCUUGGAAAUAGAAAUGUCAGUCUCCUAUUAAUUUAUCCCUUGUAAUUUUCUUUCUAACCACGGAGGAGACAAAAGGAGGUUCAAAAAGUUGCUCAACUAUUCUGUGUACCGCUGGAGCAUUUAAAAACCCUCAUCACUUCUAGCAGCCAAACCCAGUGUUCCCUCCCCCCUCUGGGAGAUCUCGGCUCCGUCUCCGGCAGAAUCAACAAGACUUCAAGGCUAUUUGAGUCCGGGUUCUGGAAUUUGGACCCUGGUUCUGCUCUAGUUUUUGAGGAUUUGGCUAACGUGCCUAUGAUCAUGAGCGCAAAUUUGUCAGGUACAGUUGUGCAUUUAAACUAAUCGGUCUCUCUUCAGAAGUUGGACAGCCUUUCCCCCGUUAAAAAACACUGAUGUUUAGUAAACAUGCGAGAUGCAUAACAAAAGUGUGUGAUGGACUUGUAGACAUGAAGACCCUGCAUUGUUUUGGUUUAAUGAGCCUUAUGAGCAGGUCUAUCCAACCUCUCCCCAUGUUGCAGCCCGCUCUGAAGUGGUGAGGAAUUUGAACUCUUUGUGAAAUGCUGUUCAACGCGGCUGAGUAGCCGCGAGUGCCUUGAAUGAAUUGCGCCACGUCUCAAGCCAGGACAAUACAAUAUUCCUUCAUGGUCAGCCUAGCAGGACAUGUAUGCCAGGUCACAGAAAUUAAUCAUUUCGGACCUCUUGAACCAAGACAACCAAGAAGUGAUGAAUUGUUGAUGUAGUGACUACACACGUCUACUCCUUAUUUGUAAACAAACAAGGAUACUAUACAUGCAUAUUUGGAGAGUUACUGUAUCACUGGUGCCAGAAAAAAGCACAAAAAAAAAAGGCCCGAGUGCAGUCAUUGUUUCCUACACGGGCAGAUCAGGUGUAGGGGUCUGCCACAGCAAGGGGCAUGCUAGACAAAAACAACGGGCAACGCUGAUAGGCCAGGCUUCCCAAAAGCGUGCAGAUUUUCCACGCAAGUAAAGCCACACACACAUAUUCAUCUGGCUGAGUAAUAGCUGCAUGAGACUGCAACAUGUGAGGGCUUUGAAUCCAUAUUCAGAUUAACACACCCAUACAUGUUAAUGCAAGAUCCACGCUUAUAAACAGACAUUGAUAGCGCUUGUUCAGGAUAAGGCUAGGUGCAUGUGUGCGGGCAAUAUGACGCUGAGUCCAGUUGCUUUGUCCCUAGGCAAAUAUGUUGGUGGCUUAAGACUGGCUUUAUCGGUGUGAUGACGAGGCCCAAUGCUAUUCCUACACCUACUGGCCAUGCUUACGUAGCCCAAAAUCAGUAGUCCUGUUCUCUUCUGUGACUCUCCAAAAGAAAUGAAACCGGUUCAAGUGCUGGAUUUGUGUUCAGUGUCAUGAUGUCUUCAGGUAUAUUUGAUCAACAUGUGAAUGCGGGGUGACUAGACUCAUUUUAAAAAUAAAGAAAUGAAUAAAAAUAUAUAUUUCAGUAACAGGAUAGGUGCAUCAGUGCAUUUUUGUUAAUAUCAGAUGAAAUGAUUGCUCACCAUGAAGAAUUCCUAUUUGAUAUUUACAUUUUGGUGUGCAUUUCUUUUUUUAUUUGUUUUCUAUAUAUCUAUAUAUAUUGGAUGAUGAUGAAAAUAACAAUAAAGUUUUAAAAUUGCC